ACAUUAAGCACUGCAGGAUGAGCUCUCCGGGGAAAUUGUACAGUGUUGCCAGCACUCUGAGGGCUGGUCCCGUGGGACGCAAUGUACUUCUUCUAUCUCCAGCUUCUGGAGUCAUAUGAUUAUGUGAAGAUCUCAGCUUUCACAACAAUGAAAAGUAGGUUUCUAGCCGUUGAGACUGAAAAGAAAAACUGGCAAAUGUCACCUCCUAAAGGUACUGGAUCAGAAGACAAACAAAAAGGAAUCUCAGCUCUAUCAAAAGCCUGAUUUUUUAAGCUAACUGCGUGGCUUAAAACCAGCAUGGUUUUGAGUACCAACUGUUAACUUUUGAAUACUUGGAAUAAGACACAACACUGUGGAAUUCUUGAAGAGAGAAAAAAUUGCUCCUUGUUUGUCCUGUCUUCUCUCCCUGCCCUUCUUCCUUCUUUUCUAAGGCUCUAGCCUUUUGCUUGAUGUUUUCUCAGUCCGGAGAUGCCAUUGGAGGAGGAUGCUGUCAACCAGUCAGCUGGAGUAUUUUUUCCAUCUUUGCUUUUGCCACGUGUGGAGGCUUUCAAGGCGAAACUACCCUCCUAGUUUCCUGCAAAGGUGUGGUAAACAAAACAAUUACAGCUGCUUUUGCUUAUCCAUUCAGGUUGAAUACUGUUGUAUUUAGUGCUCCAGACCCAAAACGCUGUGGUGGUACUUGGACUGAUGUCUAUCUCGUGGGCAACUUCUCCUCUUCUGUGCAGUUCUUUGUUACGCUUGCAGUGUUGGCAUUCCUCUACUGUAUGGCUGCCCUUGUGGUAUAUGUUGGAUAUAAGCACGUGUAUCAGCAAAACAGCAAGUUUCCACUAACUGACUUGGCUGUCACUGCCAUAACAGCCUUUCUGUGGCUGGUUGGUACUUUUGCUUGGGCAAAGGCACUUGCUGACAUCAAAAUGUCCACAGGGGCCAGCGUUAUUCCAGGAAUUGAAGCUUGCAAAGCACCAGGAACAACUUGUCGUUUUGCUUCUGUGACCAGCAUGAAAACUCUGAACAUGUCUGUGGUGUUUGGCUUGAUUAAUAUGCUUUUAUGGGGAGGAAAUGUUUGGUUUGUAUACAAGGACACCAACCUGCACAACCAACCAAACAGGAUUUCUCAAAUUACAGGAGUAUAUUCAGCUCAAAGAGGAAUAUAAGAACAAGGUGACACUUUGAAGUACUUUCACUUUUACAUCACACUGCCAAGAGCAUGGAGCCAUUAGGAUUUAUUUCAAUAAUAACUGAUAAUACUUUGUACAAACUGCUGUUUUGUACUAUGGUUUGAUACAAGGUCUUAGAUAUUCCAAUUGAAGUGUUUAAUUAUCUUGAAAUACAUCAUGCCUUUCAAAGCUGUCCAGCUUUUAAUUACAGUUUUUGAAGAGCAAAAUGUUGAGGUUAUCUGUACCCUGACCCUUUCAGGUUGUUAAAUUAGCCUUACAGGAGGAAUGAGUGAGAAGCAAUUGCAUCUGAGUUAUUACUGCAACUUCUGUAGGUCUAACAAGGUUUGGCUGAAAAAUGCAGUGUAAAUGUGAAAAUUCAGUUUCUUCCUGUCACUGAUACCUUGCAAAAGCCAUCUGAGUAAAACUGUCAGAGUUGCCGACAUCACAUGUUGGUUUCCAGAUAUUCUAUUCAGAUUACUGUAUUAAAUCUGCUGAUGGGACAUUAUUCCUGUGUUUAAUAUGCUUCUCCUAUGUAAUGGCUCAGGACAAUCUCUGAACUAAUUUAGCAAAGAUGAAUGUAUAUGUGUGCAAUAAAGUACUUAAAUGCUUUAAAAAAAAAGUAUGUAGAAAUCAAAGCUGAGAUAUUUUAACUGUUAGUGUCUGGGCUUCUGUGGAUUUUUUGAGGUGUGUGAACAGUGCUUGUGUGUGAAAGGAUGUUGUUCAGCUUAUUCAUUGGGAGCGGUAUUUGAUUCUUCUCAUGUGGAUCUCUUUAAGAUAUCUGGCUCCCUGUAGUGUUCAGCAAAUGUUUGUUUUGAUGAAUUUAAUAAACAAUUGUUCAGAUAAUUUUUCAUUUUUACUGUUUAGGAUUAAAAUGGACAUAAUAGGGACUAUAUAGCACAGUGUGACUGAGCUACUGACUUUCUGAUAGUAAACUUCCAGUCCAAAGAGCAUAAUAAAAUGACUGUUGCUGAAAGAA